UAGGCCUUGAAUUCGUAGUCCCUUCCUCUACCUGGGAGCCAGUAUAAAAUACUUUCAGUUGAACAUCGAUAUUCAUACCGGUCGGGGCUGUUGGACAAGUCGAAUUUUCUUUCGAUACAAAAUUUUCCUAUUUUCGUGUUGAGUGAUUUAAACUAGACCAGUUCAGAAUGUGCUGCAGUUAUCCUUGCUGUCCCUAUGCUGCCCUGUGUCCCUGUGGUGGCUUGGGACCCAGUGGGUUCUACGACCCUUGCUUUGGAUCCUUCCUUGGUCCGUGUAAUACAUGGUGCGGUCCCAGUGGUCCUGGGUUUUGGGGCGGACGCUGCUGUUGAGCUGCAGUAUCCUGAUCUUCAAAGGCCGCCGUUUAACUGGUCUUGUUCUAGACGCCGUCAGAAGAAAAUAAGGAAAACUACCUAUGAGUUUGUGCCAUCUCUUCAACAGACCCCAUUCCAAAAUUCAAGAGUAUUGUAAAUAGUGCGCCAUCCUCUCUACAAUAAAAUUUGUAUUUAUCAUA